ACAAUAAAGUGUGUAAAAGUAGUUUAGUCAUUUAAACGAGAUUAAUAUUUCCCUCUCAAAUUCGGAUUUUAACAUAACAAAGAUAAGCUCUCAGAACGGGUUCAGAUAAACAAUCAAUGAAUCAAAUGAAGUCUGAAUCUGAAAUCUUCAAUUUUUUUAAUGUCUGAUGCUUAAUUGAAAAUUCUAAAAACUUGAAUUCUAAAAUAGUAGGUGGUUGACCCGUUCGUUACAAAGAAUUUGUUUAUUGCCAUUUAAACACAGAUUAUAUUUUUCAUUAUUUCCGCAUUAAAUUUCCAGCUUAAGGAAUGACAUUUUUUUAUUGUUAUGAACAGGAAACAGAAACAAAUAUUUCAUGAUAAGUCGAAGUAAUAUUAGAUAUUAAAUGUAUAGAUGAGAAAAUUGGGAAAAAUCAAGUCUCAUUAAGUAACUCUGAUUGGAAAAGUUGGGACAUUUCUCUUAAAAUCUCCAGAAGUCAUAGGAGCUACUGAGGCUGCUCUUAAUCUAGGAUAUCGUCUUAUAGGCCCUGCAAAUCAAGGUUCUGAAAAGGCGGAAAUAUCAGCAUUAACAUCACUAAGUAAUCUUCAGUUAGAUUACUUAAAUCUUUACCUUAUUCAUUGGCCAGGCUCAUAUGGAAUGAAACCUGAUGACCUAAAGAAUGCUGAACUCAGAAAAGAAAGCUGGCUUCAAUUGGAGAAGAUGUAUAAAGAAGGCCCUGCAAAUCAAGGUUCUGAAAAGGCUAAAAUAUCAGCAUUAGCAUCACUAAGUAAUCUUCAGUUAGAUUAUUUAGAUCUUUACGUUAUUCAUUGGCCUGGUUCAUCUGGGAUGAAACCUGAUGAUCUAAAGAAUGCUGAACUCAGAAAAGAAAGCUGGCUUAAAUUGGAGGAGAUGUAUAAAGAAGGCAAAUUCAAAGCAAUAGGGGUCUCCAAUUACACUAAACAGCAUAUUCAGGAGUUAUUACAGUACUGUAGUGUUGUGCCUGCUGUUCUAUAGAUAAAAGUUCAUCUAUACCUAACUCAAAAAGAAAUAGGAAAAUUUUGUAAUGAGAAGAGGAUCAAUGUUCAAGCUUAUUCUUUUCUUAGCUCCAGAUCUGAUUGUGAGGAACCAGUCUAUAUGAAGAACUCUCAUCUUAAAGUCUAAGGCUGCCUGCUGUUGUGAAAACAAGAAUUACUACAUUUCAAAAAGGGUAUUGACGAAAAUGACUCUAACCAAAAUCUGUCAUAAAUAUCGGUCUAACACCCCACCCCUACUUAAAAUUAAACCUCAAAACCUUAGUCACUAUCAAUGUUCUAGAUCAGGGAUGGGCAAACUUUUUUGGUUGUGGGCCAAAACUCUAUAAAAAAAAAAAUUUGGUGGGCCUAGUAAAAAUUUCUAAAAUAAAAAUUCUAAUUUCCGAAAUAAAAGUCAAUUCAUCAUUGAACGCAUGGCACUCUACAUCAACUUAGCGUUUUUUAUUUGCCAUUUUUGGGUUAAGAAAUUUUACAAAUAACUCAAAAAAGCAGUAGCCAUUUUAUGCAUUUAAUAAUUUCACUAUUAUUUACAAUGACGUUGUAUGUGUGCAAUCUUUCCAUACGCAGUAAAUAAUGUUAGAACUCGCCCCGGCAGAAAAAUCCGCUCGUUGGAACUUAAAAAUGUGUAGUCUGCCUCAUGUGAAGUACAAUUCACCUAUAUUUAAUUCCAUAUGUCAGCUUCUCGAGAAAGACAAACACUAGUUGGAGCUAAUCUACGGCUAUUCUAUAAGGAACUUCUGCUUUCACCAUUUUACUAAUUGAAGCUGUCUGUGCUAACUAUUUCCAUCAAUUUAUGGCUUGUCGAACAAAAAUAGAGAAAGUAAAAAGGUCAUCAGUACUUUGUUAAAAAAGAAAGAACAAAAAUAGCUUUAAACAAAGUAGAUAAUAAAAUGGACGUAUAAUGUAUAUUGUUUAUAUUCGCCACGGAUCGGCAAGUUAAAAUUCUGUCCUCGGGCCGCAUAAAACCUUCAGGCGGGCCACAGUUGGCCCACGGGCCGUAGUUUCCCCAUCCCUGUUCUAGAUGAAUGGUAAUCAGAGUUCUUUACAUAGACAGACUUUAUAUUGCUUUUUUUUUAUUCUGCUAUGAAAUAUUUGUUUUUAAGGAGUCUUCCCACUAUAACAGGGGGAAAUUAUACAGUUUAUUGAAAUGAAACAUUUUUCAUUCAUUUGUUCAUCAUAAUAAUGAAUAUUGUUUAGAUAUUUUAUUUUUCGAUUGAAGUAUGUAUUUUUAGUGAAUAAAUUCUGCAAAUGUACUAAAAAACAUGUUAGAUAGGAUUACUUCAGUUCAAAAUGGCUAAGAAUAAAACUCAGACCUUUCACCAAAGAUUUUUUAUUGAUUUAGCAAUCUAUUUUGCUUCAUUCCAUUGAGAAUUAUUGAAUCAAGACAAAAUGGUUGAAUUUAUGUUUCUCAAACCAAUAUAGUAAAACCUGUAUCGGUUGUUAUUCAUGGAACUAUUUGAUGGAUACAAGAAAACUAUCAUUCCAGGUCAACAUAUCAAACAAUGACUUGAAAAUGUUUAAAAAGUAAUGAGGAAGUAAUUAACUUGAAAGUUAAUAAAUUUGAAAUAAGUAUAAAGAAAUUUAAUUGAAAAAAUUACAUGCUUAAUGCAAAAAUAUUUACAAUGUAAAAGGAAUGGAAUAAGCACAUUUAUUUAAAAUAUUUGGAAAUUUUGGUUUGAAUUUUCUCUUUUCUUUUCAUUGCAAGCAAUAAAUUUUCUACAUUUUUAAUAGUUUGGUGUUCAUUUUCUGUAAAUUCGUAUGAAAACAGAAAGUUACGCAUUGUUUAAAAUAUUUUGAGGCCUUUAGCAAAUGUAUGAAAUGUAAUAUAAUUACAUAAAAUUAUCAAAAAGUAGUUCAGCUUAUUGGCCAGAAAUUAUUGCCAUUUUACCUCGUCUAAAAAAAAAAUUUGUAGCAUUUUUACAUACUCUAAUAUUUGAGUAGAAACUCUCUAUAUAUAUAAUUAUCUUUACCUUCAAUUAUGCAUCAAAUGAUUGUUAAUAGAGCAAACAAGAAAAAUUAUUUGUUUCUUCUAGCAACCAAAAGAUGCAAUUAUUAAUCGCUGAAGGUCAAAUGAUCGUGAUCCAGUUCUGCCUGAUUGGAUGGACAUCUCUACAUAAUUGCAUUGAAAUUUUAUACCUAAAAUAAUUUGUUUUGUUGGGAUAAUGUUAUGCUGAGUAGAUCCCUUAAAACAGAUUGUUUCUCUCUUUUUUUAAUUAGUUACUUUAAAAUUUUGUAUGUAUAAAUGCUUAACAUUCUUUUUAGAAAUAAAUGUGCUAGAGAAUUUAAAUGAGUUUAUAUUUUUUAAUGCUAAUUGUAGAAUUUUUAGUUACUCUGAUUUUUUUCAAAAAAAUUAUGACUGUUUGUAAUAACUUUUCUGAAAGACAUGGAAAACCAGAAAUAUUUUAAAUGUCUAUUGUAAUUAGUCGAAAUAAUUUUACGGUGUUUGAAAGUCAUUUUAAAUUUUAAUAAGCUGAUUGAAAAUUCGAGAUUUUUUAGUUUAAUUUAUUUAUAAGUAUAUAUAUUAUAUAUUUUAAUGAAUUGCUUUAUUUUUUCUACUGGUGUGAAAUUUUAUUUCCAUGUUUCUUAUUACAAAUAAUUUGAUGUAAUAUUUAUUAUCAUUUCAAAUAAAUAAAGCAUCUGAGAAUCUUUUA